AUGUCUUUGAGUAGCGAACAGAAGGAUACUGUGAAGAGUACAGAACAAAAAUCGCAAACUACUGGUCAAGCUAAGCAAGCGGCCUCCACAUCAACUAAUGCUGGCGACGAAGACGAUUUGGACGACUUAGAUGAUUUAUUAGAUGAUUUUGCUGAUGAUGUCUUGAAUAAGCCACCCGGAUCAGCUGUCGGUACAGAAGCUCAAGAAAAGGAUGAGGUGAAGACUUCAGCAGAUGAGCCUCUUAAUGACGAAUUUAAAACUAGAAUUGAAGAUUUGAUUAAAGACUUAAAUAUAGAAGACCCAGAAACUAAGGUUCAAUUUGAACAAUUGGUUAAACAAUUUGAAGAAGAUCAUAAGGAAGAGUCAGCAGCAGCAUCACAACCACAGAAUUUCGAUAACGUCAUGAAAGAAACGAUGGAAAGAUUGAAGAAAUCGGGCGAUACUAUUGAUGAACAAAUAAAGAAUGAUCAGUCGAGCGGUAAACCGGAAGAUAUGUUAACACAAUUGCUUGCUGGGCUUGGAGGUCCAGGAGGUGCUGGAGGUGAUGGCGAUUUGGAUAUGUCAAAGUUAUUGGUCGAUAUGCUUGAACAAUUAUCGUCGAAGGAAGUGUUGUGCGAGCCAAUAAAAGAUCUUCAUUCAAAGUUCCCUGAUUAUUUGAAAGAGAAAAAGGGUAAAAUCUCCGAAGAAGAGCAUGCUAAUUAUACUAAACAAUAUGAAAUUUCCGGAGAGAUCUUAGCAAUUUUCGAAGCCCCAGAUUACAACGAUGAAGAUAAGGAAAAGAGAGAGAAAGUAAAUAGCUUACUAGAAUCUUUGCAAGAUUUAGGGCAACCUCCAACUGAGCUUGUUGGAGAUGCAGGUGACUUCCCAGGAUUUGGUGGCAUGGGAGGCGGUGCACUUGGAGGUAAUGGGUUAGAUUUUAACGAUAAGGACUUACCACCAGACCUUGAAAAGGGUUUAGAAGAAGGUUGUAAACAAACAUAA